AUGUACUGCGGACUCGAUGGAUGCCUGUCAAAUGUAACCAAUCAGAACCAUGGAUCACACUGUGACUCACACCCCGUGACUUUCAGGACUAAGCCCCGUGCGGCUCCGGAGUCCCGAUUGAACUAUAUUCAACUUCACUAUCGCCAAAAUGGGUGCCCAAUAAGCCCCCCGUCUUCGAACAGCCAGUCUUUCUCAACUGAGACAGACAUUAUUUCUUCAAGAACCAACCCUCCAAUCUCCUCUCUUCCCCCUUCAGAGUCUCCUUUUGGACCUCUGAACUUCAGCAUCGCAUCGCGUAGCUCGAGUUCUCCUAACAACUUCACCCCGAUCGACUUAACGUCGUUCACCACGGAUUACCACCAGCAACCAUGGCUUCCCUCACCCCCACCUCCACAGCCCUUGGCUUCCAAUCAGAACAACAACAGCAACAACAACAACAGUGCACUCGAGGACUUUGUGCUCUAUCCAUCAGCAACACCACACCCGCAGCCCCGCUCGCGUGUGCCCGUGAACACAACCCAUAGACCUUCUGCACUUCAGCCAUUCCUGGCGCAGAAUAACCCUCGACGACACUCCUUCAGUCUGCAGUUGCAACGACAUCUCCAGCAGCAGUACUCUGGCUCACCUGUCCAAGACCCCAGAGUGACCCAGCUUGCCCGGUCCCCCUCUUAUUGGUCCCGUCCCACGUUCACGCACAGCCGUUCCAACACGGCUUCUGUGCCUUCCAAUUCUCCAAACACCAACCGCCCUCCCAUCCCACUUUUCAACGGUCAACAAAACCACAAAAACAACACGCAACCAUAUAGACGUGUCAUGUCCACUCCCAACUUCAUGGAAGCUCACGAGGUUGAUCUUUUCGGUCUUCCCUCUGCCGACUUCCCUGCUGGUAUGGAUUCAGCUCUCUCGUUCAACGAUCUUGGCCUGGCAAACGACUUCUCUUCUGAAGGUCCUUCUGGCACUAUCUCGCCAAAGGAUCUGAUGAUGGAUGCGUCUGUUCCUCCCUCCGGCACUUUCACCGAUUUGAGCACUCCCUCGUUUGAGUCGCCCGGCAAUUUCAGCCAAAACACCUCGCCCAUGUUCGCCGACAUGGAUAUUGCCGGCCACGAAGAAUGGCCCUCCCUCUUUGAUCACUCGUCAGAUCCACUAAACGCUUUUGACCUCGCUACUUUGGAUGUCGCGGCUGCCUUCUCCACCGAAGAGAAGAAGAAGCCAGCCAUGCCAAUUCCCAUGUCUCCUGCCUCUCCCCGCGCAAAGCGAUCGGUGGCAUCGUCGCCUGUUCCCGCCUCCGGUGCAGUCAAGCACUCCAGCGUCGCAGGUGUCAAUGCGAGAUCGCGCAAGAACCUGUCGCCCAUUGAGUUCGACCCUAAUGACCCUGUUGCUGCGAAGCGCGCUCGUAACACUGAGGCAGCGCGUAAGUCGCGUGCCAAGAAGAUGGAACGCCAGUUUACUUCCGAGCGACGCAUCGAGGAUCUUCAGAAGAUCAUCGCUGAGCGCGACGCGGAGAUUGCCAAGCUUAAGGCUCAGCUCCAGAUUCAAAACACCUACCAGUAA